AUGACCUCAGCUCGCCUUCUGCAGCUGGCAAACCUCUUCUACGCACACCUUCCGGAUGUCGCGAACGUGGACACGCCUCGCCUUCGCUGGAUCCCUUGCCUUCAAGUUUGUCGACACUGGUAUUCCGUAGGCGCCAGUAAUCCAAGAUUAUGGAGUUUCUUGUGGGCGGAUACCAGCUUGAACUACAUCCGCACAUGUCUCGCUCGCUCCAAAUGCAUGAAGAUCGACGUUCACGUCUCCAAAAAAACGUCCAUCGUAUCCCAUGUCCUGCCCCUCCUCGUUCCUCACAUCCACCGGAUUCGGACGCUCUAUCUGCUGGGAGUUGCGCGUGACGAAGCUCCUCGUCUCGCCGUGUUCAUGAAGAACACACUACCCGCGCUGGAAACGUUUCAGGCUAGGGUGGGAAACUAUCUCUUGGACACCAGCGAGGACUCGGUGCUAGAUUGCACCCCGGAACGGUUCCCGAAACUGACUUGCGUCGACAUUAGCGGCAUUCACUUGCUACAAACCACCGCUCUUCGGCAACUGAAGGUCUUGCGCCUAUACGGAUGGCUUGGCAUAGGUGCUGUCCCUGCGAGGACGCUCGGCAUCUUCCUUCAGGAACUCGUCGGCGUGGAGGACCUUCUGCUCUCCAGCAUGCUAUUCCGGAUCCAGAGCGACCCCGAUUGGAAGCCCGCUCGUGCUCCUCUACCACGCCUCAGGAAUCUCGAAUUGGACGCCUCUGAAGACGAGGUCCUACAGCACAUCCUUUCCGCGUUCGCCAUCCCUACCACUACAACGACUCUUAUCCAUAGAAGGGUCACUACCAUUGUAACACGAGGUAUCGAGGAGGCGUUGCUUCGCGGCGUUCGCGCCACCUUGCCCGUCGACAGAACAGGCCUGCCGAUUCUCUCUUGCGCAAGCAUGGCACUGGUACGAGCGCUCAGAGACGUUCACACCGUGGAGGUGUUCGCUCCUUUGGCACCCUUUAAACCGGCCGAUGGGCGUAUUCGCCUCUCUUUGGAGAUCCCCAACAGUUACCAGUACGAAGACGGCGGGUCUCUUCUCGAGGACUUCGUGGAUAUCUGCCGCGGUGCUCCGAUUGAGGUUCUGCGCAUCGAUAUAGAGCCGAGCUGGUGUCACCUCAUUGACUGGCGCGAGACAUUUGUGCCUUUCACUGUGUUGCACGAGCUCACCAUCUCCGGAGAGGGUGUCGAUCCGCAAGCGACGUUUCUGUUCUCUGGCCUCGACCCUCGCGGCACGCCGGCCGCCACACCGGAUGGGGAGCGCUUGAUUCUCCCGCAACUGCAGAAGCUGUGUGUGGAGGGUUUCGACGCGCACGACUGGACACUUCUUCCCGCGGUAGUCGAAUGCCUGCGACAUAGGAGAGAAGCACUAGGGGUUCCUAUAGUGCUCGAGCGUCUGUCGUUUGAGCUCUCGGGCCACAGAACUGUCCGACACUACCAUGAACAGAGAGCUCUUUACACGGACGCGCUAUCAGAGUAUGUCCUAUUCUUCUCAUACGGGCUACUCAGAGACGAUUUUUCGAAAUUGAGGGAAACAGUCUGA